UCUGACGCACAUGUGUCGUAGCCUCGUGCGGUCGAGGUCCUGCGAGGGCCAGAGGAACGUAAUUUGUGUCGCACAGUAAUAACCUUUUGAGUACACGGGUCAAACAUAUGUAAGACCACUGAUAACAUCCUACGGUUUUCUCCCAAGAUGUUUUUCCUCCCGAGGACUGAUAUCACCACACACGUCUAGGAAACCGGUCGGGUGUGUGGUUGCGUUUAGCGUUUCUAGGCGGACCGGCUUUUGAUCAAGAAAACUGUUAACGUUUUAAGUUGACAUAUUUAAUUGCACAACGGAGCACAGACAACAGUGUCAGGCUUUUACGAACAUUUGCCUCAAGUUCUUCAAGAGAUCUGCAGCUGUGGGACAUCAACUGUCAUUUACAAAAUGGGAUUUCGUGUGGAUGACUUCAUAGCAGGAUGGAUUGGUGGUGCAGCAGGUUGUUUUGUGGGGUAUCCCCUGGAUACUAUCAAGGUGCGGUUACAAACCAACAAGAGUGGUGGUGCAGUCCACAUUUUAACCAGCCUGGUGAAGAAAGAAGGGCCACUUGCCCUAUUCAAGGGAAUGAGUUUUCCACUGGCUACCAUUGCGUUUCCUAUGUCUGUGGCCUUUGGAGCAAACAGCAACUCCCUCAGGAAGAUUCAAGAGUGGAAGUACGGAACCACGGACCACAAGGCUAGCUACACAGAUCAGGCUGCGGCGGCAUGUUUUGCAGGCUUUGUGCAGGCCUUCGUAGCCUGCCCUAUCGAAUUGGUAAAGAUUAGACUCCAAUCCCAGACUCAUCGGAUCGGUGUAAAAGGUGUAGGUAGUAAUGGCAUCAUCCAAGGAGCGCAUCCCAAUAUGGUGGCUGCUUACCGCGGCCCUUUUGAUUGCAUCGGCUGCAUAAUCCGACAGGAUGGUUUCCUGGGAAUCUACCGCGGUCUUUCCAGUCUGAUUCUACGGGACGUUCCCGGGUACGCCUUCUAUUUUAUCUUCUAUGCCAUGACUUGCGACCUCCUCAGACCCAGUAACGGUGAGCUGGGUCCUGUACAGUUCAUGUUGGCAGGGAGUGUCGCCGGUCUGGCCACAUGGGCCUCCUGCAGUCCCAUGGAUGUCAUAAAGAGUCGACUUCAAGCCGACGGGGUUCACCAGAAGAAAUACAAGGGCAUCAUUGACUGUACGGUACGCAGUUGGAGGGAGGGGGGACCGAAGGUACUGUUCCGGGGGCUGGGGGUCAACUUGCUCCGUUCUAUCCCUGUCAAUGCUACAACAUUCCUGGUGUAUGAGUAUAGCAUGAAACUGUUGUCAGGUAAAUUGUAAAACCUUGUAAUUGCGGCAAUAUCUUGGAUCUGGGUAAGACGACCUGAAUCUCAGCUUUUUUUUAAAGCAAAGAAAGUCUUCUACGCUCAAUAACAGAAA